AUGGCCGCCGAGGCUGCCGUUUCCCCGCCCUCCGCGCCCGCCGCUCCUCAACGGACCCAUCACGCUACGCUGACUUCCGUGACCUUUGACCUGUCCGCAUCCUACGUGUUGACGCUCGCCUUUCCACUCUCAGGCUCUCGUAAACAGAGCUACGCCGUGUUCAGUGAAUCCACCCCCGUGGCCACGAUGCAGUCAGCACCUUCAGGAGGCUUCAGCCUGUACCCGCGGGCGCCAGUGUCCGUGGAGGGGGAGGAGAAAUCCGCGCCGGCCCUUCCGUCGUCCCCGAGGGCGCAGACUGCGGGGGACUCAGCCAGGAGCUCCCCCGCCUCCUCGCCGCGGCUCUCCGCCACCCACGCCUCCCUCAAAGUCACAGCCGUCAUCGACGCGGCGGCGGACAUACCGGCCGCCGCGGACGUCGCCGAGCUGAGGCUGGGCAGACGAACAGACGCCGAGGACGACAAGAGAGAGCUUCCGCUCGACCUCACCACCAAGCGGAGGCUGGAGGGCGAGGACGGCGCUGUGACCUCCAGCCACUCCGACAGUGAAGCCCCCGACGCCACGAGCGACGACAGAUUCCGCUCAGAGAAGCCCGAGAGCCAGGCGGAGGCGAGACCGAAGCCCCGACAAGACCAUCCCUUCCUGAGAAUAAGCGACUUGCUGAAGGACUCGCCGCCGACGGCCUCUGCGCCGCCGACGACGCCGCCGCAGGUCCAGAGUGAGGCUCCUACGAAGCUGCCGCUCGUCUACCCUCGGCCUCUCCAUCCCGCGACCCUACUGGACAUGUACAGGUCCUUAGACCGCAGCGCCUUCAUGGCGGGCAGCUGCCUCCCUCCCCCACGCUAUCCCCUCUUCGGCUCGCUGUUCCCCCCGGCGAGCCUCCCUCCCGUCACCCCCACCAGGUCGGUCGGCCUCGACUUCUUCAAGAGCCACCUCCCGGCCACGCCUCGCCACUACGCGGACCUCGUGCGGCCCUACAGCGACCUCCUGGCGCCGCACACGACUCGCAGCGCCAAGGACAGGUAUACGUGCAAGUUCUGCGGCAAGGUGUUCCCGCGCUCGGCCAACCUGACGCGGCACCUGCGCACGCACACGGGCGAGCAGCCGUACAAGUGCAAGUACUGCGAGCGCUCGUUCAGCAUCUCGUCCAACCUGCAGCGCCACGUCCGCAACAUCCACAACAAGGAGAAGCCGUUCAAGUGCCCGCUGUGCGACCGCUGCUUCGGCCAGCAGACCAACCUCGACCGCCACCUCAAGAAGCACGAGGAGGAGGGCCCCAACCCCCCCGACUCGCCCGAAGCGCCGGAGAUCCCUGACUCGAGCGUGGCGUCGAUGUCGAGCAGCAGCGCGGCCGAUCUGGACGCCGACAGACUGGACGUCGAUACGGACGAAGAGAUCAAGCUGGAGAUCACAGCGGUGCCGGCGAGACUCGUUUCGGGAAGCUGCGCCGCCGACGACAGCGCGCCCGACGAGCUGCUCGCCGCGGCGCCCGACGAACCGCCGGCGAAGCGCCCCAGAAUAGAAUAG